CGCGUAAAAGAGGCGCCAUAUAUUAGGCUUUACCAUGGGCUGUGCGUUAUAUUCGAUUUGCAUAUUCUCUCUUCAGCAUCUUCAUCCUAACACCGUCCACACCCGUUAACUCUCGCCACGAUCCAAUCUCUCAAUUUGUCCGCUUCUGAAUCUUAACAUUUUGCCAGAUCACAGUUCUAAAUGGCUGCUACUGCUACUGAUAAGCUCACUCAGCUCAAGUCCUCUAUUGCCGGACUCAAUCAAAUCAGUGAGAGUGAGAAGAAUGGAUGCAUUAAUCUCGUUGCUCGCUAUCUCAGCGGGGAAGCACAAGAGGUGGAAUGGAGUAAGAUUCAAACACCUACUGAUGAAGUAGUUGUUCCUUAUGAUAGCUUGGCUCCUGUUUCUGAAGCUGAAACAAAGAGUCUUUUGGAUAAACUUGUUGUUUUGAAGCUUAAUGGAGGACUCGGAACAACAAUGGGAUGCACUGGACCCAAGUCUGUCAUUGAAGUUCGUAAUGGAUUGACAUUCCUUGAUCUUAUUGUGAUUCAGAUAGAGACUCUCAAUUCCAAGUAUGGGUGCAAUGUUCCGUUGCUUUUAAUGAACUCAUUCAACACUCACGAUGAUACACAGAAGAUCAUUGAGAAGUACUCAAAAGCAAAUGUUGAUAUUCAUACUUUUAAUCAGAGUCAAUAUCCUCGCCUAGUUGUUGAGGAUUUCCAACCAUUGCCAUUGAAAGGACAGAGUGGCAAGGAUGGAUGGUAUCCUCCUGGACACGGUGAUGUAUUCCCGUCCUUGAAGAACAGUGGCAAGCUUGAUGCUCUAUUAUCUCAGGGUAAAGAGUACGUGUUUGUUGCCAACUCAGAUAACCUUGGUGCACUUGUUGAUUUGAAAAUUUUAAAUCACUUGAUCAGAAACAAGAAUGAGUAUUGCAUGGAGGUGACACCCAAAACCCUGGCAGAUGUAAAGGGUGGUACCCUCAUCUCUUACGAAGGGAAGGUUCAGUUACUGGAAAUUGCACAGGUUCCUAAUGAGCAUGUUGACGAGUUCAAGUCAAUAGAGAAGUUCAAAAUUUUCAAUACCAACAACUUGUGGGUGAACUUGUCAGCAAUUAAAAGGCUUGUGGAAGCUGAUGCACUAAAGAUGGAGAUAAUUCCUAACCCAAAGGAAGUGGAUGGAGUCAAAGUUCUUCAGCUUGAAACUGCGGCUGGUGCAGCUAUUAGGUUUUUCGAUCAUGCAAUUGGUAUUAAUGUUCCUCGAUCCCGAUUCCUUCCAGUGAAGGCAACUUCCGAUUUACUUCUUGUCCAGUCUGAUCUUUACACCUUGGAAGAUGGCUUUGUUAUCAGAAAUAAAGCUAGGAAAAAUCCUGCCAAUCCUUCUAUUGAAUUGGGUCCAGAAUUUAAGAAGGUUGCCAAUUUCUUGAGUCGAUUUAAGUCAAUUCCAAGCAUCAUUGAGCUUGACAGCCUUAAGGUGACUGGUGAUGUAUGGUUUGGCGCUGGCGUUACACUCAAGGGUAAAGUGACCGUUGCAGCAAAGUCUGGUGUGAAAUUGGAAAUACCUGAUAAAGCUGCAAUUGAGGACAAGGUGAUCAAUGGCCCCGAGGACCUGUAAAAAGAAACCUGGCCCGUGAAUGCAUCGAGCAUCGAGACUCUUCUUGGAGUCGCAUCUCCAUCUUACAAUGUCCAUGUAGUUUUGAUCGGAGAAUAAGGAGAGCGGUUUUCUUUCUUGUGUCUGAGUACUAAAUGUCAUGCUACUAUUCAUGACCUGUUUUGUUAUAAAUACAAUCUUAUAAACUCUGUUUGUCUUACAACUCCUAGAUAUCAGUAUUAUGUGAAAACUUAUGCUUCAA